CUGUAAGAGACGUCAACCCAUCUUUUUUUGUUCUUGUUAUAAUUGUCUUAACACGACACAAUCACUCACUCACUCCCUCACUCAUCAUUAUGUCUCCUCGUUCACCUCCAUCAUCGUCCGACAACGACGACCAUCCGGUCGCCGCGGCACAUGUCCAAAGAGCAGAACAUGAAGCUUCCAUCAAUCGUAACCCACACCCUGACUUUAUUCGAGUUCAAGCCUCGAGACCAGAUUGGUCUGAAAGUCAUGCGGCUUCCUCGUCGUCCUCAUCGUGGAAGUUUACAAAAACUCGAGAUCCAAAUUGGAAAUGGGGUCAAGGUGGUAACGAUAACGGAGAGUCUUUGGACAAAGACCAUGUCGAAAUCGACCCCUAUGCUCCUGGGAGACCUUCGAAUUUUAAUUAUAAAUUAUUGAUUUCAGGAAUCGUACCUAGACCUAUCGGGUUUUAUAGUACCGUUUCCAAAGAUGGCAAAUCAUCAAAUUUGGCACCAUUUUCAUAUACAAACCUAGUUUGUUCUGACCCUCCUAUGUUCACGGUUGGAAUUUCCGGUAAUGUUCAAAAUGCCAAAGAUACACUAAAGAAUUUGAUCGAUACGGGAGAAUGCGUCUUGAACAUGGUCUCUGAACAUUUUAUCGAAGCAGCCAACGCCACUUCCAUCAACAGUCCCCACGGAGUGUCCGAGUGGUCCCUCUCCGGCCUACACCCCGAGGCCAGUACUCACGUCAAGCCGGCGAGGGUCAAGGAAUCGGUGUUCGCCAUCGAAUGUAAACUCGUCGAGGUCAGGGAAUUCGAGAGUCGAUCCAAACCGGGACGCAAAUCUGGCGCGAUGGUCAUUCUCGAGGGAAUAAAUUUCUGGGUGAGGGAGGACGCCAUCAACGAGGACCUGAACAUGAUUGAUCCGGAUAUCAUUCGUCCGAUAUGUAGAUUAGGAGGUAUCACUUACGGAAGGGUCACGGAGGGAUUCGAAUUGUUGAGACCAGAGUAUGAAAAGACAAAAGCUUCAGGGGCGUUGGACGCAACAACAUCUACCUCUACUUCGGACACCGAGGCAACUACACCCAAACCGACGACGACGACGACGACGACGACGACGACCACACGUACCAGGGAUAAGUUAUGAUACACUAAAACAUCACCCAUCUCAAAAAUAAACUUCCUCACCAUCGCCCUCGAAGAAACAGGAUAGAACACAAUAGACUUGUUCUUGUGUAUGGAGCGGUCUCUGCCCGUGGAAAAUCACCACCAGAAGUGCCAUAUGUGUAUUCCACUCACGAAACUUGAGCUUGAUAUACAAGGCCAUAUGUGGCAAUUGUCGCUCAACAACCUCAUAUUCCAUAUCCACAAUACUCCACUAGCAUGCCUAACAAAGGGAUAUCACGAAAAAGGAGCCAGGCAUUGAAUGAUGUCCGAAACGAACCAUGCCCAUGUUGAUUUAAACCGAAUCCUUGUACGAGUGACAUAUCACCGCAAGCCGAUGACACUCUAAAGUGGACCAUAGUCCAUACUCUUCGAAUCCAGACCUUCACCUUGCCUUCAACACCUGCAACAUCAUCCAACUCUACUCCUUCCCACCAGCAUCUUCUCGCGGGUUUUCGCCAGAACAGUAGUAGUUUCUGAGCCAUGCCGACGGCAUUACUGCCUGCGAUGUCACCCUUGACGUCUGUCCGUAACCGAGCCAGGGCUAGACUGCAGAUGACUGCUUUGUUUGGUUCUCCUGCUCGAUGACCCCAGCUGUCAUCAUGAUUGAAUCCCCUGCGUUUUGUCAGCGCAGCACGUCGAAACGUAUGAUAAGCAAACGUACCCGGCAGUCAGCAUCUCUAUUAGAUGCUGCUCGGUGGUUCCGGCUUCUUCACUCCGUUUGAGUCCCGAGAAGAUGCCGUUUUGCUUGACUAAUGACCUUCCCGCUGCUCUCUUGACUUCGGUCAUUUCCAACGCUUCAAUGUCGGCGCGAGGAGGAAUGACAUAGAAGUCGAGGUCUUCUCUCAAGACAAUAAUCCCCGCCCUGUCUUGAAGCAUGUCUUUGGUAGAACCUUGAAGUGGUUCGAUUGAGAUGGGGUCAUUCUCGGAGGGGGUGGUUGGUGAAGGCGAUCUUGAAGGGAUUGAUUGUGCGACGUCACGGAAGAAGUUUAACAUAUACUGCAGGGAUGCUGGGUCAUACUGUGUACGAUAAGUAAUGUCUCCAAGAUAAAUAGAAGGAUUUGCAAGGACAAUGAUGGGAUGGGUUCUAGAUGAGAGACGUACGUCGACGGGAUAGACAUCGCCGUCAUGAAACGAGUUCAUGUGGCCGUCUGGUAGCAGGCCAUUGGGAAAGAGGGAGAGUAGGACGAAUUCGGGCAAUGUCAAUAAUUCCUCUCUGGAAAGCGUGAAGCGGGUGCCCCUAGUCACAGUCAGUUUCCCACCUUCGCUUCAGCUCCGGAGUAGACCGUACCUCAGAUC